AUGCUGACGCAUCGGCCGGUUUGGAAAGCUUUCGAGACCCUCGCCGUCCGAUACAGCCAAGUCCGAACACACAGCUGGCCCAAGCAAGGCCCAAGUCCUCUGACCGUGGAUCAAGUCACCUAUAUCUUCCUCGCAAAGAUCCUAACUACGUUCCCUAUAGUAUUUGUGGAUUACGGCUUGGAGAACCCAGAUGCUAAGGGAUUCCACACUAGACGCCCAUGGGACGGAAAUUUUGAACCCGGUCAUCAGCAAAUCUCAAUCAAUGGAAAGAGAACUGAUCAUAUGUCGAUCGCAUUCGGGAAAGCAUCGCAAACAAAUAACCAUCAUCCUUUCCAGGCUUUCCUGUUUAUGACCGCCAACACUCUCCUCCACGAACUCGGCCAUGUUUUCGUCACGUAUCUUACCAAGGGUCAAAGCGCAAGUCCACCCCAAGUCAAUGCCGUGACCGAGGGCGUGCAGGGGGGUGAAGGUGAGGCUGGCCUCGCUCUGGAAUCUCUCAUUUUCGGUGGCACCAUAGCCUAUUUCCAGGAACCUGUCAGCGGGACUCCGGACGACCAGUGCGGCACGGCUUUCCUAAAGAAGCCGAGCGGUGCCUGGCAUCGAAUCCUGCCCAAAACGAUCCACGACGUCGCCAGCAUGCAAUUCAAGUUCCCCUAUGAUCAUGACGUCCGUUCCACCGAACCUGGACAGCUGAGAGCAUUGGGCCACGGCCUUGCUCCCCCCAGUUAUACAGACCCGUUGGAAAGGAGUGAAGUAAGAUACUUGCUCGAGCGUCAUCUUCCCCUCCUCUGGUCUGCUCUUCAUUGUGCCCCGUGCGAUUCAACUCUCCGUGCCCCGGUAGCGGGAGGCAAGGAAAGCUAG